AUAUUGGCUUUCACAUUUCCCGACCUGGCAAUGGGAGAUCUAUUUUGCUAACUUGAAAUUGGAAUAAUCUGGCUCUCACACACCAAUCUCAAAAUCGAUUUGUGGUCGUUCAUUUGAAGAGCCGGAACUGAAAACGCGGGAGUGUUUGAGGUCAAAGGUCAUUGUAAAUAUUGGGGUUCGGAACCAUGGACUUUGACGCAACUCAAGCUGUAGACUUUGACUGUACACAGGCCAUUGAUGAUUUCCCUGAGGAAGAUUCCAAGCAGAACGUUGGGAAAUUGGUAGUUGCAGAACAAAAAGGAUUCCCAUUUACUGAGUUUGUACUGCAAAAUGGAGAAAAGUAUGUGAUAGGAAGAAAUGUUAAAGCAGAUAUUCAAAUACCUCUUAAGGGUCUGUCUAAAGAGCACUGCUGCAUUGAAGUGAAGGAUGGAGUCACUCUUAUAUGGGACAUGGAAAGCAGGAACAAGACCCGCAGAAACAAAAUGGUACUCAGUCCAAAUGUCCGCUAUGAGCUGCAGAAUAACAAUAAACUAGUAUUUGGAGAUGUGAAUGCCACCUUUUUGGAAAUAAAAGAGGCAACAGAUGAUGGUUCUGAUACAGAUUCCGAUUUGUCUGAGAUUCUUGAUUCAACACAGGGUUUCCAUACAAACAACAAGUCUUCCACACAGACCCCUACAACAGCACUAAAUAAGCCACCCCUGAUACUCGAAACACCUGCAGUUCAGUUAGCAAAGAAAGAAUCAUCUGAGUAUGUCUUAGCUGCUGACUCUGAUUCAGAGGAGCCAAUAGUGGACCAGACUCUGAUCAUGUAUGAUGACACAGAUGCUAUCCCUGCAACACAGGCUUAUGAAGAGGAUGAUUGUGAGCCCAAUAAAUCUGGUCUGUUUGAAGCCACUCAACCUUACAGUAGACAUCCAGCUGUUGAUGAUUCUGAUGAGGAAGCUAACAGUUCAGAGUCUGACAUCUUUGAUAAUCCAGACUCCAUCCAGAAUGACAGCAAAACAUUUGAGGCCACACAGGCUUAUGGCAGAACCCCUCAGAAAGUAGACCCCAUAGAUUCCACUCAAAUAUUAGAUGACAGCUUUGAAAAUAUUCCACAAACUCGCAAAUCUGAACAACCAGAUGAGACUCAGUAUGAACUAGAUGAGAAUGAGACUCAGGCAUUUGAUGAUUCAACUGAUUUUAAAAUGCCUAAAUUACCAGGUCAAAAGAAUGAAAAAGAAAGUGAACAGACACAAUAUGUUCUCGCAGAAGAUGCUACUCAGUUAAUGGAUGGAGGUGCAGAAUCCCCGAUAUACAAAAGCACCCCAUUAAUAUCCACAAAAUCUGAUACACAGUAUGAGUUAGCGGAUGAUGCUACACAAGCUAUGAAUUCUGGUCCUGCACCUCUGGUGUCUAAGCUAAAUUCCACCAUCAAACAAACGUCUGAAUCUGAUGAACAAAAUAAUGCAGCUGAAGAUGAUGCAAAUGCUCCAACUCUAAUGGUAGAGGAUUUGGAUGUUUUUAAAAUGCCAACACCAGUAUUUAACAGCAGAACAAAGCCUAAAGUAUCCAUUAUUCCCCCUGUAGUAGAAGCUACAACAGAAAUUGAUGACAUUGAAGAAACUCAAGCAUAUGAAGAUGAUGGGCCAACACAGCCCUUUGAUGAGGAGGUUAAUCCAACUGAGUCAGAAAAUGUCACAACCAAAGAAGAUGAUAAAAGUGGUGCAACUGAUGAACACAAAAUGGCUGCAGCACACUCAGAUGAUGAUGCCACACAAGCUUUUGAAGAUGACCUCGAGAUGGAAAACCAUAAUGAACCGAAGGAAAAUAAUGUAAAGAAUGAUAAUGACAAUGAAGAGGAUGAUCUUGAUGAAACUCAGGGGUUUGAUGAUUCAGAUUUUCCAAAUGCUCCAACGUUUAUUCCAAAUGGAUCACCUUCAAAGAAAUCAACUCCUAAAAGAGAUGAAACAAAUGAAGAUGCAUCUGAUUCAGUUAAUGAUGCCAAUGCUCCAACACUAGCAAUAAGUGAAGUACUCAAUGAAAAGGCAACUCCAGAAAUAGAAGACAGUGAUGAGGAAUCAAGCGAUGAUGAAUCUUUGCUUCUUCCUCAGGUUAACUCUGACUUACCAACAGUAAUUUCAGAUAAAACAGAAAAUAGUGACUCAAAGGAAAAAGACCAAGAUCACAUUGGAAUAAAUGAAGAAAGUAAAGAUGAGGAGGGAGACACUCAACCCAUAGUAGACUUGGAUAUUCCUCAAUCAACUAAAACUGCUACUGCUAAUGAUCUGGAUGAAGAUGGUGAAACACAACCAAUUGAAGAGGAGCUGGUCCCUGCUACAGUUAAUUCCAAUGCUGAAGAUAAAGAGGAAAUAAAUAAUGUUACAAAUAUAGAUUCUAAUGAACUUAAUGAAGAUGAUGAGACUCAACCAAUAGAUGAAGACACUGACACUGUGGCAAAAGAAAUUAUAACAGAAGAGGCGAAAGAUGAGACACAACCAAUACACGAGCCUACUACAUCAACUACUGACCCAACGCAAUUAAUUGAAACUCAGCUUAUGGAUGAAAUAAGUGACAUACCUCAAGUUAGAAUAAGUCCUUAUAAUGAUGCCAUUACACCAGUAAAACAAACAGAAGGUCCAAGAAGAUCAUGUCGAGAAAGAAAGUCAACAAAUCUAGGUGAUUUUUUACAACCAGAAAAGCCAGUUAGAAAGUCUAAUAGAAAGUCAAAAUCACCUGAACCUGCUGAAACUAUAUCACCUCUUACUAAAGAGGAACUUCAGGCCACCCAGGCAUAUGGAAGUGACUCACCAGUAAAGCAGCCUGUAAAACCCAAUAAAAGAGGAGACAAAGAUGAUAAUGUAAGUGCAGCUAAAGACACCUCAUCAAGACGAACACUCGGGAACAAGAUUACAAAACUGUCGAAGGUUGAACCUGUUGAACUCAGUCCUGUUAAAGUACAAACACCAAAUAAGAACUUAGCUGAAACUCAAGCAUAUGGAGAUUCUGAUGAUGCUACUCAAGCUUAUGGGGCAAGCCCAAUUAAAGCACCUCUAACUCCAGAAACAAAUACCAGUCCCUCAACCACUAGGAGAAGCCAUGUAUUUGGGAAAAUGAACUCGACUGAAACACCAACAAAAAAUGCAGUUGAGGAAAAAGAACUGGUACCUGUAGGUGACAAAAACACAAGAGCAAGAAAAUCAAAUUUAGGACAAAAUGAAGCAAGUGUGGAGACUAAGCCAAAAGAAAUAGCAGAGGAAGCUCCUCUGAGUAAAAGAAAGUCAACAAGAGGAAGACAAUUUAUUAA